AUGAGUCUCGAGUGUGCCGUGUGCAGCUAUAGUUUCGCGAAACUGAAACGACUGGCUUGCUCCCAUUCUUUCUGUAGUUCUUGUUUGGAAAAGAUCGAAUUCAACGGACAAAUACGCUGUCCAUACUGUCGCCAGGUCACCUCCCUAAGGGGCUUUGGAAUUGACGAACUCGCUAGUCGCUUUGGAGGACAACUGGAAUGUUCGAACUGCGGUACUAAUGUGGACAUGAGCGAUGGUUUUUGGUGUCAAACAUGCCGCUCUACGAUCUGCUCCUCUUGCACAGGUAAGGAUUUUUGCUGUACUUUGUGUGCCAUUCAUCCGAAGAAAAACAGAUCUAUGAACAUAAUCCGUCGAUGA